AACUGCUGGAGGUCUUGAGAACCUGAGUUGCGGCCAGCCGGAAUAUUUAAAAAAUGACCACUCCAAACAAAACACCUCCUGGUGCUGACCCAAAGCAGUUGGAAAGGACUGGAACAGUACGGGAAAUUGGGUCACAAGCUGUUUGGUCACUUUCAUCUUGCAAACCAGGAUUUGGAGUGGAUCAAUUACGAGAUGACAAUCUAGAAACUUAUUGGCAAUCAGAUGGCUCCCAGCCUCAUUUAGUGAACAUUCAAUUCAGAAGAAAAACAACAGUGAAGACAUUAUGUAUUUAUGCAGACUAUAAAUCUGAUGAAAGCUAUACUCCAAGCAAGAUCUCAGUCAGAGUAGGAAAUAAUUUUCACAAUCUUCAAGAAAUUCGGCAACUGGAAUUGGUGGAACCAAGUGGCUGGAUUCACGUUCCCUUAACUGAUAAUCAUAAGAAGCCAACUCGCACAUUCAUGAUACAGAUUGCUGUUCUAGCCAAUCACCAGAAUGGAAGAGACACCCACAUGAGACAAAUUAAAAUAUACACACCAGUGGAAGAGAGCUCCAUUGGUAAAUUUCCUAGAUGUACAACUAUUGAUUUCAUGAUGUAUCGUUCAAUAAGGUGACUUUAAAGUGGAAUACAAGUCAUUAAACGUGUCUUUGUUUUAUCUUGUUAUUAAAUAUUAUAUCAGGUAUCUUUAUUGAAAAAAGCGUCAGUUAUUUUGCAGUUUUGUAUACCUUUAAAAGUAUUUUAUUGUAACUUUGAUAAAUAAAUAAAUUUGGGUCAUAUUAUCUCUAUUUUCUUUAACAUAUAAAAAAGCUCACAUAUUUUACAUUA